ACUAAAUUCAUUUUUAGUUGUGAUGGCAUUACACUGCAUAAUCAUGACGUCUUUGGAAGAAACUGAAUAUAUUGCGCUUCGCGAUUUCGCAAAAUCGCUGCGGGAAUUAAAAAAUAUUUUCUUCCAAAAAAGCGUUUUCACGCUUCUUUCUCUAAUCAAUUAUCUCGUUUAUCUCGUUUUCUAAAGGUCCUUGAGAACUGGAUAAGACAAUAUUUUAUUACCUACAACCUUAAAACCUGAUUUAUUUUGACCAGAUCGAAACAAAACUGACCUCUGAAAUGGAAGAAGAAAAGCCUUUUAUUUUUGCCGGCUUCGGCCUGCCGACGCGAUCGUGUCUGGUUUGCUUUCAUAAGAUGACAUUUUCCUGACAGAAGAGUGUCGGGAAAAACACCUCGCGCUGAUCAUACGUGACAAAAUCCGCCGCGCCUAAGCUAAUGAAGAAAAGUCUCCUGGAAGGCUGCAUACAAUUCCUUAUAACAAAGUUAUAAGGAAUUUUAUGGAGUUCUCCGGGAUACUUACAGUGCAAGCCCUGUGUGUCUUCUCAUUGACAAAAGAGAUGAGUUUGUUCUUAAAAGUUGUAGUAAGGGUUUAGCAAAAACAAUGAAGUGUUUGUUUCAAGCUGACACCGAACUUUAAUGAGCCUGUUCAGGAAACUAUUUAACUCACUGACGAUUUUAAUGAGUUCUCAGUAGUAAAGGAAGUCUUGAUAGUCGGCAAACGCGUCAAACUGAUUCUGAUCCUUGGCUGAAUAACCUCCAAGCUUCUUUUACUUGAGCUUUUCCACUUUGUAUUCUGUGUGGGCUGUAAUAAUUUUGUUGUCUAAUAUGGAUGUGCUAUAAUGACCUUUGUCAAUUCUUCUUGUUUUAAUUUUUAUCAAGUUUUUCUACAAAACUUUGAGGAAAAAACUGAAUUAAUUAUGUUUCUUGUCGUACCACACGAGGAAAAAGGAUUCAGAAAAGUUGUCUAGUUUUUCAAACAAACAUUAGUCGAACUAUAAUGAGCCAGGUGAAACUGAAUUAAGGGCUAUUUUAAUACAUUUUUAGAUCUUAAUAUGUUGUCUUUGCAACAACGUUUCCCUGCUAGCAGAGGUCUCUCACGACGAGAGACCUCUGCUAGCAGGGAACAACAAAGUCUGCAUGACGUUUUCUUCAUCAACAUCGCUGUAAGUAAUUCGGCCAAUUCAACACAAGCUGCAUGCAAAUAUGCUUGAGUCAUAAGAAUUUCCCUAGCAGAGCGCAAUACAUGUGAGUUAUUAACCGAAUUCAGAUGGCUGGAUAAAGAAACUUGGCAAGGGCCUUUAGGUUUUGAGUCUGUUAUGAGAAGCAAAACGCGCGCUGUUGAAAACUUUAUAAUGACGUCUCGUUUAGUAAAUAUUCGACUGGGCGAUACUUAUUAUAUACAUGUAUAAACUAUUUCAACAUGAAAGUCAAUCAAUUAAAUUGCUAAUCGUGGGCGGCCAGCCUUGACAGACGUUUGCAUAGAGUUUACUUGUAGAAAGGAAGUCUUAACAAUCCAAACAUGGCAAACUGGUUUGUUUAUAACUUUUGGGUCGGUUGAGACAGGUUUCGAUUGAGUGAACCCCAUAACUAUCAAAGCUUAUCAACAGUAAUUAGGUAUAAAAUAAAGAUAUCCCCUCUAACUUGCAACUGAGAAAAAUUUUCUGUAGAAUAGUUUUGAUUGUACCUCAUGUCUUUUUUUAAACGAGCGUCCCUAAUCAUUUUAAACACCUGCCGACUUCUUUUUAUGUCAUCAUAUGUUUUAAAGCCCAGUAUAUAAAAAUUCACGACACAUAUCGAUUCUUGUUAUUUUAUUCGUAUUUUUAAUUGUCCAACUCCGACAUCUGUUACUAAAGCAAAAUAGCGAUAUCCAUAAGGACACACGUUUCGUUUAAGUGAACGAAACCCCAUAACUAUAAAUAAUGCUCGGGUAUAAAAUAAAGAUAUUCACUGUGGCAACAAUAUUUUUCUACUAAUUUUGAUUAUCACCUCAAUUUGCCUUCUUUUAACAAAGCGGCCCUAACCAUUUUAAACACCUGCUUGCUUUUUAGGUUAAUAUACAGUAUGUUGCCUAGUAUCCGGACGGUACCAGUAUCCACCCACUUGAAACAAAAACUCAAUUUUUGAGGCGCCCUUUUCAGUUCUCGGUAAACGAAGUAUUUCGAAUGAAAGCUGAACAUUUCAGCUUUAAGAAGAACAUUUUUGCGAUUUGAAAGCUUGCGAAACAGUCGCAGAAGACGCCGUUCUGUUCAGGUGAGUAAACUUUUCAUGGCUAAUAUUUACGCUGUUUACUGCACAGUAAAAUUAGUGCUGCUCAGAAAAGGGAGGGUAAUGUGUGAUAUUUUCAAAGAAACUAUUUUAUUUUUAACGUGACGAUACUUAAGGAAGUCAGGUUUUCAGAAAGUUUAUUAAUUCUUCUUGAAAUUCGAUUUGUUUGGAAUAACGGAGGCCAGAAACAUUCACUAAGUAUUGAUGUCAGGUGCCCAUUAUCCGCACAGUUUUUUAUUUGCUGUACAGAAUCGAUGAAUUAGCUGUGUACAUUAUCCGGAUAAGAUUUAUUUCAAAUCAGUAACUAUAAUUAAAGCUUAGGAUAUAUGAUAUAGUCGUAAAAUGUAAUUCUACUCAACUCCGUAUGGAAAUUUUCUUCACUCAUUCAGAGGCGACUUGAUUUCAUGUGCACCGCUUGUUUCGCGUGACUGCAUUUACUAUAUAUAACCGAAAGCGUCUGAGUUGAACCUGGAAUUCUCAUACUUUCCCCAGUUGUGACUACUAGAAUGGGGUUACAACGGUCUGAAAAAAUGUCACAAAGGGAUUUAGAGAUGAGAAAGAAGGAGGAAUUAGUGCUAGAAAAGCAGGCUUAUUGUGGGGACUGAGCAUGAAGAAAUCAACACCCCAGGUCCGAGACUAAAUAGGAGAGUGAUCUUUGACCGUCGGAUUGAGCUCCCUUCCCCACGCUUUUUUUAAAUAAAAAUGAAGAAAAAAAGUCGUUUGCAGAUUGGCUAAUUGAGCUCGAAAACUGCGUCUUCGGCAUGUCCACAGAUGCCUUCCUUUAAUCAGUGAAAAAGUUCCUAGACGAGGAAGUGUUAAACUGUCUUUCGUCAUAUUAAGGACUAAAUAGAUUUUCUCUGGGCCAAAUUUCAGAGCUCUUGCGAUUAACAAAGGAAAGUUAUUGCAAUCUUAAACUGAAGUGUCCGGAUAAUGGGCAACAUACUGUACGUUUUUAGUCGAGCAAAUAAAUUUUCGACACUCAGAUUCUUGUUAUUCGUACUUUUAUUCGUACGUUAUUCUUGCGAAAUAUCGACUGUUCGUAUUUUUCUUUUUUCAGCCGCUUAUUUAUAACAAUUUAUUAUUGCUUUUUGCAGCCCCAGACGAAGGAUAGUAUUAUCAAACCAAAAUAUCGGGCAAUUAAGCAAUACCCUGUCUUUUGGCUGCCAGCUUGCAAUUGCUUUUACGUUUUAUUCUCAUUACUGAUCCUGAUCAACACCAAGAUCCGACUUUACUUCGCGGUCGUUUGUCCAAGUGGGUGUUGUAACAUUGAAACCUGAGGGGAUCCCCCUAGAGGCCCCUGACUGACUUACAUGCGCACCCCGAAAACGAGGAACCGCAUGCGAUGUGUUUUUGACUUGCUUGGGACACGUCUGUUCGGUUUUCCUAGCUGAAAGUCUAGUGAUCCGAAAAUAAUUGGGAUAAAAAGUUACCUUUUCGAAAAUUUCAGCCAGAAAAAAGGCUCAUCUUCGAACAGAUAUUUUCCGAAAAUUGACGUUGGGUGCCCCUGACAUCUUAGAAUAGUCUUCACCAGUUGUUGAAUUUAGCCUCAUUGAAUGAUCUUAUAACAUGGCGUCAGAAGUGGGAUAACAGUGGUUAUCUGCCCUGCCGAACUGUGAUAAAUUAUUGGACGAGUUGAUGGGACAAACAAGUUUCCUGUUGAGUUGUAUUUUUGUAUCUUGUAUAAUGGCCGAGCGAGAUUCUCGAAUGCCCGGUCCAUUGCUCCUAGACGCGAAUGCUGCGGAGAACUGGAGGAAAUUUUUCAUGCAAUUUGAGAUCUCCCUUGUUGCGAAAGGUAAAGAUGAUAAAGCGGACAAACUGAAGGUAAAUAUGUUGUUGGAUUGUGCUGGACCAGAUCUAGAAGCUAUCGAAGAGUACAGUCACUUUGUGUUUACCGAUGAAGAAGACAAAGAUUGCUAUCAAGAUGUCUGUCGCAAAUUCGACGAAUUGUGCCAGGGUGCUAGAAAUGUAAUUUAUGAGCGACUGGUGUUUAAUCAGCGAAAUCAGAAGGAAGGUGAGAGGAUUGAAAAUUUCUUCAGUGAACUGAAAAGACUGUCGUUAGCGACCUUCGAGAUCCACUCAUUCGUGAUCGUAUUGUUGGAGGAGUUUUGUCAGACGAAUUGCGAGGUGAACUGCUGAAGAAACCAGAUUUAACGCUGCAAACUGCUCAUGAUUGCCGUACAUUAGAGGCAGCUGAACUACAGAAAUACAAGUUUAGUACACCAACAGUUGCGGGUUGCGAACGUUCACUUCACCCUCUCAGGUAGGUCAAGGUUCAAGAAAAGACACCUGCUCGUAACUGUAAAUUUUGUGGUUACAAGCACCCAUUUACUCAGCCACCUCGCUGCCCAGCUCUUGGAAAGAAAUGCAACAAGUGUAAGAACGAAGGACACUUUGCACAAGUGUGCAAAGAAUUAAGUGCUGAAGGUUCACAACUUGCAACUGUGGAACAUGAGCCUCCAAUGAAUCACGAUGUGCACACAUUUUUUGGAUCAGUUGAGCUGGAUAGUAUCUCCGGCACUCGAAAGAAAUCUAGGAGCUUGAUUGCUGUCAAAAUUGCUGGCAAAGAGCUGUACAAGGAAAUCACAAACAAACCUCUUCAGAAACUUCAGCAACCUUUGAAUUGGUGGCUUGCGCCUAAACCCAUCCAUCCAAAGUGUUCUGUGAGGUUUCCAACUCGAUAUGGGAGUCGUUAACUUAACCUCUUGCAUCUUGUUGUUGAUGGAAAUUUUACACCAUCGCUGGGUUGUGAUGCUUGUUUAGACUUAGAAGUCCUUGAGUUUAUGACCCUUGAACUGAUAACUACUCCAGAGUCAAAACAACCAGAGCAAAAAAUGCCAAGUUUCUUCCUAAAGGAUCCUGUGUUGCAGGAUUAUAAAGAUUGUUUUAGUGAUAAACCUGGCAAGCUACCUAACAAAGUACAUUUGGAAGUUGAUCCGUCAGUCCUCCAGUAGUCCAUCCUCCCAGAAAAAUUCCAAUUGUACUUCUUGAACCAGCACGAGAGAUGCUCACAGAGAUGGAAGAAGAUGAGAUUAUUGUUAAAGAAGAGGAGCACACCCCUUGGGUUUCAUAGUGAUUGAAAAACGAAAAGUGAAAGAAAAGAACACUCCACACUCGAAGAAUGAUGUUCGAAUUUGUAUUGACCCAAGGGACCUAAACAAAGCUCUCAAGAGACCCCACUAUCCAAUGGUUACCGUAGAGGAGGUUGCCAAACGAUUAUCGGGUGCAAAGAGUUUCAUGUCCCUUGAUGCUUGCAGUGGAUACUGGCAGCUCCCAGUGGAUGACGAAAGCUCUAAGCUCUUAACAUUCAAUACCCGUGGGGUCGAUAUCGAUUUACAAGGUUCCCUUUUGGCAUCUCUUCUGCCCCUGAAAUCUACCAAAGGGAGAUGGACAAACUCUUUGAAGGGGUUCCUGUGGAAAUUAUAGUGGAUGAUUUCCUGAUUCAUGGUAAAGAUCAAACCGACGCUAAUCAGAAGUUGAGAAGAGUACUGGAUAGAAGCAGAGAAGUAGGACUGAAGUUCAAUCUAAAGAAAGUGAAACUUCGUGUUCCUGAAGUAAGCUAUGUUGGACAUGUGUUCUCGUCCGAAGGAUUGAAACCUGACCCUAAUAAAAUCCGCGCUAUCAGUGAGAUGCCUCCUCCUUCUGACAAAGAGGGUGUACUUCGAAUACUAGGAACUGUCAAUUACCUAGACAAGUUCAUUGAACACAAAGCCAAUCUACAAGAGCCAAUUUCACAGCUUACCCAAAAAGAUGUCGCAUUUGUGUGGGAGAAACCACAACAAGAGGCUUUUGAUAAGCUCAAGUCUGUCAUCACUAGUGCGCCGGUGUUAGCACACUUUGAUAACAGCAAAGAAACGGUGCUAAGUGUUGAUGCCAGUAGCACAGGCCUUGGUGCAGUGAUCAUGCAGGAAGGUAAACCAGUUGCCUUCAGUUCAAAGACAUUGACUCCCCCAGAGAAGACGUAUGCAAAUACUGAAAGAGAGCUGUUAGCGAUUGUAUGGGGAGCACAAAAGUUUCACACAUAUGUGUACGGGCGCAGAAUUAUUGUUGAGACAGACCACAAACCGCUGUAGUCAAUCUUUCGGAAACCACUGAAUGAGGCCCCUCCCAGGCUACAGAGGAUAUUGCUGAACUCUUUAAGUAUGACCUUGUGGUGCGUUAUGUUUCCGGAAAACAGCAGGUCAUUUCAGACUGCCUUAGCAGAGCACCUCUCAGUGAAACUGAACCGUUCAAUGAACUUGAAGAUGUCAUCGGAGUUGAUCUUGUUGAGGAACUUGGAGCAGCACCCUGAAGAGGUUCACGGACAGCUCAAGUGCUGAUGAGACAUCAAGAGUGGUGAUGGAGUACGUUUUGAAAGGAUGGCUCUCUGAGAAAGAACAAGUUGAUGCACUUGCCCGGGAAUAUUGGAAUUUCAGAGAAGAGCUGAGUGUUGAGGAUGGCAUGUUAUUUAAAUCAGAGAGAAUUGUAGUGUCAAGACCAUUGAGAGCUGAAGUGUUAGAUGAAAUCCAUGGAGCUCACAUGGGAGAGAGCAAAAGCCUUUCCUUUGCGAGGGAUUAUGUUUUCUGGCCUUCCAUGACUGCCCAAAUCAAAGACAAAGUCAGUUCAUGCGCCGUGUGUAAUGCGUUCUGCAACCGACAACAGAGAGAGACACUUCAUCCUCAUUACAUUCCGGGAUUACCUUGGCAAGUUGUUGUGACUGAUCUGUUUGAAUAUGGUGGCCAAACGUACCUGUUAGUCUCUGACUUCUAUUCGAAGUACUUUGAAAUAGAACUCCUUCGCCAGAACACUUCCAUUUGUGUCAUCAACAACUUGAAGAAAAUAUUUGCAAGGUUUGGAAUCCCAGAGAAAGUUGUCAGCGACAACGGACCUCAAAACAGCAACACCAGAAAUUUGUUCAGCAACAACCAUGAGUUCAAGAAAUUCGCUGAGGAGUGGGAAUUUUCCCAUACAACCAGCUCACCAGCGUAUCCUCAAUCAACUAGCGCAGCAGAAAGACCUGUACAGACCGCAAAACGCGUUCUUAAGAAGGCUGCCGCAGAGAACAAAGAUCCAUUUGAGGGACUGUUAAAGUAUCGCAACAUCCCAUUUGAAGAUAUCUGUGUCACUUGCCCAGCUGCUGAUGAGUCGACGCACUCGAACAAUGAUACCAACUCAUCGACGUCUCUUGUUACCUCAGGCAGUGGAUCGUGGUCAUGUUCUGAAAAAGCUUCAUCAGCGACAGCAUAAUGCCAAGUCUAAUUAUGACAAGCAGAGUAGAGAUUUGCCUCCACUGGAAGUUGGAGACAAGGUGCGGUUUCGUCCAAAUGGUGAGAGGGAAUGGCGGAAAGCUGAAGUAAUGCCAAGAUCAUACAUGCUGGAAGAUGAAUAUGGAGGUGCUUACAGGAGAAAUAGAGGAAAGAUCUUCUCUGUUCCAAAUGAUUCUCCCAUGACCCCAAGGACAAGGGCUUCUCCUAUAAGUACCCAACCUCGUGACUCUCCUGCGAGUACAAGACAGCCACUUGUAUUUGAGAAGCCAGUGCCAAGUCCAGUGACACUAGAGAGACAGACACAAACAAUUUCACAGACUCCCAUUACAACCAGAUCUGGGCGUCAAGUUAGGAGGCCGCAAAGACUCAUUGAAUCGUGUUAGGGGGGAGAUGCUGUAACAUUGAAACCUGAGGGGAUCCCACUAGGGGCCCCUGACUGACUUACAUGCGCACCCCGAAAACCAUGUGCGUUGUGUUUUUGACUUGCUUGGGACACGAACAUGUUAGAAUAGUCUUUACUAUUGGGGCCCCUUAUUUUAAGACCAAACUGAGCCCGUCUGGAUGACCGUCCCCCCCCCCCCCACCCUUAUCUGAAGGUCUGUCUCCGCCACUGAUGUUUACAAUUUUUUUUUAAAAGCAAAGACUUCGCUUGUUUGUUUUUAGUUUUAAUGUACUAACAGAAGACUGUUAGACCAUAAAUGCGGCGGACCAUAUUUCAUUUCCAGGGACCAUAAAGAGGGGGGUGGUGGUGGGGAGGUUCGCGUAACCACCGCUGAAAUCAAGGGUAUCCAGAGGUAUUCUCCCCCGGAACAUUUUGGAACAUUUUCGAUUUCCAGCGUUUUGAGGUGCAUUUGCGACAUAUUUUAUAGCAUUUUGCUCAUUGUGUUAAAGAGAAAACUGAUACACACAACAUAUAAUUCGUAAUAUAAACUUAACGUUUUACAGCCGAAGAGCUGGAUAAAUUGCUAACACGAACUCAUUUUCUUAGGGGGAAGCAGUGAAACUAGAGUUCUUGGUGACUUCGUUUACAAGCGAGUUUAAAACUUGGGGCCUUGGAGAAAAAAAUUAUUAUUUCUUAAAGUUUGUUCUAUGAUAGGGUAGACAGUACGACCUGGGAAUUUUUACUAUUUUAAGAGUGAGAGUUGAUGGUAGUUGAGGUCAAGCUGCUUUAAUUUUCAUACAAAAAAAAAUACCUUCUUUGGAAAAUUAUAACAGAACUUUUGCCUGUUUUCUCUUUCCUUUUCUCAGAUCGACAUUAUUACGGGUCAUACCUAAGAUGAGCAGUACAGCAGUUAUUUCCUUUCUUGGUAUUGUCUUGGUGUUUGGAUCACUGAAGUGUAACGCUAACAAGACAGAUCUUUAUAUUCUCCAGAUGGUUGCAUCAUUCGACAAGAUCCCCUGUAAAGGGAUGACACUUGCUUACGAUGUUGCUAAGAACUCUUCUUCUUUCAAAUCAUUCUUUGAAAAGUAUGAAAUUAAGAUGAAUUGCUCUUUGACUUUGGUAAGUUCGCAACUCGAUUUAUAGGGGCGAGCUUCAAGUUUCCCGUUUGACAAAGGCCGACGCCAUUUUUGUGACAUAUUAGUCAGAGAGAUUCAGCAUCGCGUUUACGGCAAACGUGAGAUUCAAGUUGAGAAAUUUUCAACGUGUGAAAUGAGCAGAUAAAAACAGCUUAAAACAAUUUUCAUGGAUAGAAUUGACGUGAAUCUACCGAUUUUCGUGUAGUUAUAAUGAACAGUAAUCGACAAGUAAAAGGCGAAACUUGGUCACUUGGUACAACCUCACGUUUGCCGUUUGCCGUAUCUCUCCAGAGAGUUUUAGAUUCGAGUUUACCGCGAAGCUCUAACCACGGUUUGCGGUUACCCGUUUGCGGUUCGACGUUCAAACAUAAUUCGAUUUAGAUUGGCGGUGGAUUUGAUUACGGCCGCCAUUUUGAAUCAGCAGCCACGAAUGGCACUUGUUUUCAAGAUCAAAUAGGAUUUAUCAAAUUCAGCAUUUUGCCCGAAUUUGUGCCUCUGUUGAUGGAUAAAGACUUGCUCCACAAGAUUUUUGUAUCAUUACGUGGGAUAAAACAAGGAUUAUACGCUAAAAGCUUUCAGGUAAAUGACAUACGUGAAAACCUUCCUCCCCUCGUUGAAGACGCCGUCGUAAACCUCAAACGUGACGCGAAAGACUUGUCACGUGACCUCCAGCGGUUAGAGGCUCGCGGUAAACUCGGAUCUAAAACUCUCUUCUAUUAGUCGCGUUUACGGCAAACGGCAAACAUGAGUUUAUAUGACCUGACCACGUUCUUGCCUCUACUUGUCCUGUUUACUGUUCUUUAUAACUACACGAAAUCGGUAGAUUCACGCCAGUUCACGGCUAUUCUUCAGAAACGUUUUGAGCUGUUUUUAUUUGCUCAUUUCCUAAUUUGAAAGGUUUUCAACUUGAAUCUCACGUUUGCCGUUUGCCGUCUGCCGUUUGCCCUAAACGUGACUCGAAAUCUCUGAACUGAC